UUCCUAACUCACUGCGCAUGCUCAGUCACCUUUGAGCGUAACCUCGUGAAGACAAAAUGUCGUCUCCACCAGCAAAAGUUAGGAAAGAAGAAGUCACGAAGAAUGGGCAAAAUGUCCAGGAAUCAGAAAGUGAUUUAUAUCCAGACAAGGAGCACCAGCAGGCGAUCGAGGAGAUCGACAAUGUUCAGAAUGAAAUCGACAACCUGAACGAGAUGGCGAGUGAGGAGAUCUUAAAGGUGGAGCAGAAGUACAAUGCGUUGAGGCAACCCUUCUUUGAGAACAGGGCGAAGCUGAUCGAGAAGAUACCUCACUUUUGGGCAACCACAUUCACACAUCACCCUCAAUUAUCAAUGUUGUUAGACGAGGGAGACGAGGAUGCGCUACAGUACCUCUCCAAGGUGGAGGUCAAAGAAUUUGAUGACAUCAAAUCAGGUUACAGAAUUAAUUUUUUCUUCACACCGAACCCCUACUUUGAGAAUGAGGUAAUAAGCAAAGAGUUCCACUUAAACGAGACGGGAGAUCCCAAGUCAAAGGCAACGCCCAUCAGGUGGAAACCCAACAAGGAUCUGACAAAGAGGAAUCUGUCGGGUAACCUGAAGGAUGGUCGCAAGAGGACGCACACAGACAAUGAGAGCUUCUUCUGCUGGUUCACAGAGCAAUCAGAAGCAGGGGCAGACGAACUCGGAGAGGUACUCAAAGACGACAUCUGGCCAAACCCAUUACAAUUCUUCUUGGUGCCUCCUGCAGAGGACGAGGGAACGAGUGACAUCAUGGACAGUGGGGAGCUUGAAGCCCUGGAUGAGUAUGAUGAGGGAGAGGAUGAUGACGACCUGGAUGAUGAUGACCUCGACGGCGAGGAUGACUUAGAUGGUAGCGAUGGCGGUGAAGAUGACAUCGAAGGAGAGGAUGACGAUGAUGACGAUGACGAUGACGAUGAGGACAUCGAAGGUGACAUAGUCGAGGAGGUGGAAGGUGACGACGAUGACGACGGGGUAGACGAUGGUGGUGACGACGGUGGGGACUAACUCUCUUGUCAAAAACUCUGUUCAUAAGUUCAUGCUACACCAAGAACUGUAUUGUAUAAAGAAUUUCUCUCCGUGUUUCCAUGCGUCUUCAAUCGUCCUGUUUAUUUUUUAUUUUUAAUAUAUAAAUUCAGUGAGCAAAGUCUGGACUUUGCGCAGCUUUCUUGGAAUUCUGAUACUAGUAUGAGAAAGAAAAAAUGAUGAUUUAAGUAGCAUGUUAUGUGCUGCCAAUCAAUCAUUCCCUGUAAAGUUAAAUAGUUUCUUUUUUAUUCAAGUCUGGCCUGAAUUUUGUAUACCUUUCUGGGGAACGUGUUAUUACUGAAAAAACUGAAUUUUUACGGCAUGAGACUUAGCUAAUUUUAGACAACGGCUUCUUUUUGCAGCGAGAACCUUUUGCGAAUUGCAAACAUUUUGUAUGGUGUAAGUUGUGAUUCAAUCGUUUUGCAGCAUGCAACGUUCUUAGAUCUGAGCAAUUUUCGAUGUUUGCAAAACCUUUUGGUUUAACAGUAGACCUGCCGAGCAGGUACUUCAAUUUUAGGAUUUGCAAAGUUUGUUAGACCAUCUCAUGCAUGUUCCCAACCAAACUAAGUGAUGUGCAUGCAUUUGGAUCCCAAGGAUUCUUUUGCCACAUCAACUAACCGCUCACCUUUUCUAAUUAUUUUAUUUGGUGACGACUGGGGACUACUGUGUGUAUUCUUCUCUAUCGUUGUUUUCUGAAAUUCAGGUUAAUGUAAGCAUUAUCGGAAUAUAUCGUAUCCGGGGAAAAGGCAGACUUGAAAUGUGUUUUAUUAUGACAAAUUAUGUGAUAUUUAAGUUUUUCAAGUACUGCAUGAUCCAUUGUAUAGAUUGUUUUUGUAGCUGCGUUGAAAGAAUCGUCAGUGGGUAGAACAGACUUUUUUUUAUUCAGGAAAUCUGAGAGAGAGAAACAAAUUUUUUUCUAGAAAAAAAAAUGAAAAAAUUGGACGGAUGCAAUAUACAGUGAGGGAGGGAGGCUUCAGAAUCCUUUCAAACAUCCCAAAUUUAUAGGAAUGGUUCUGUGGUCAAACAAGGCGGUUACAGGGGAACAAAAUAAAAUUUAGAUUCUCUUUUGAUGAAGGGUCUCAGUAAGCAGAAAGAAGUAUGUAUUAACAAAAACGGUACAUGCAGAUUAACAUUUUGUGACGUAAUUUCUUUUUUUUUACUGUGUAUUUCCAAAUGAAUCAACAAUUAGCUGUGUGUAUUUCCCAAGUUUUUAUCAUUUUCUCAUUUAUAUUAUUCUGAUGAUGACCUGUUUCCCUCAGUCUUGUAAAAAAAAAGAGUAAACAUUUGUACAUAUCUUGCACCGUGAUAUGAUGUUCAGAAUUUCAUUGGAAGGAAAGAAGAAAAACCAUGUCUUAGUAAUGCGAGCUUACAGAUAGCCUAAUAUAGUUUUUGUACUGUACUUUUAAUUGUGUUGCUUUUUAAACACCAUAUACGCUACCUAAAAAGUCCUUUACAUUCAUAAUUUCUGUUUUUCAAUCAAUUGACUCUUAGGAAAGAGAUAUAAAUGAGAAUGACCUGAUUCGAAUCAGAAUUUGGUUGUGAAUGGACCACAUGCUAGAUUGAAUUUAUUGUUCAAAUGCACUGGAGUAAUUGUGAUAAAUAUUUGUUAAAUAGUUGGGUCGGUAUUCAUUGUUUUUGUUUUCUCUCUCCUAGCUGAAGAAUAAAUUGUACAGUCACAAAAAGUGUAAAAAGUAGUUGGAUAAAAGAUUGAAAACUGGGAUGCACAAGACUUUUUGAAGAUAUUCGAACUAUACGUCGUAACUGUUACUUUUUCAAUGUACAUGUAUUUGUAUGAAAAUCACAAUUUCAGAAUUUUUUUAUAGGAGAAAGCAUGUGUUUUUGAGAAAGGCCGUAACGAUGUCCUUUCUUAAAUUGUGCUUUCUUUAAGCUCAGUCGUUCAACAUGCUUUGUAGGUGUGCGCUGUACAAUGAACAGGAUUGUAAAUAUAUAAAUCAAUCAGCAGAAAAAUGAAUAACCUAUGUUUGGAUAAAGUAGGGGUAAAAAAUGAAUUCUCUUUGUAAGUCUGGAACAUUUCGAAUUGUCUAAAGUGUAAGGUCUUGUGACAUGUGCAUCAUUUAUGUAUAAACCCUUUGACUCUUGUUUCUUGCUUCUGCAUAUUUAAAAGCUGCAGCUGUUCUAUGAUGAAGAAGAAAAAAAAUGGAAGAAAAAAAAUGAAAAAGUGAUUUCUUCUUGUUCAAAGAGUAAGAAGAAGUCUUGUACAAAAUUCUGUAAAAACAACACAAUUGUGUAAGUUCCUGUUCAUCUUGUCUGGUGGAUGAUAUUCAGUUUGGAAGGAAAAAAAUAAAUAUGAAAUAGUUCACUUUGGGUAAUUUAUCCCCACAAAUCCCAUUUCUUGUUUCAAAAUUAAAACUUCACUUAGAUUCCAUCCAACAAA